GGCGUCUUCGCUACUCUCCGCCAGCGAGCCCCAAUACGACCAACCCUCCCGCCGGCGCCGGCGCUCGCCGCGGGCGAUGUACAAGCUCGGCGGCCGUGGCAGUGGGCGCGGCGGCGGCGGCGCGAAGCGCCCGCCGGCACCCCAUGGCCGCGGCCGGGGCGCCUCCUCCUCCACCUCCAUCGGCGGCGUGGCCCCACCUCCCCGGGGUCGCGCCGCCGCUGCAGCCGCCGCGGCGGCGGCGGCGGCGGCAGCGGCGCAGGCAGCGGGGCGCGACGAGUCCUUCAGCCUAGAGUCCAGCGGACCGCCCUCCUUUGCGGCAAUCAUAAGGCUGACUCCCGACCUCGUCGACGAGAUCCGGCGGGCGGAGGAAGCCGGUAGUGGCGCCCGCAUCAAGUUCAACUCCAACAUGUUCAACUCCGCGGAGAACAUUAUCGACGUUGGUGGUAAAGAAUUCAAUUUUACAUGGGCAUCCGAACGUGGUGAGUUAUGUGAUAUUUAUGAAGAACGUCAAAGUGGAGAGGAUGGGAAUGGACUACUUACGGAACGUGGCUCUGCUUGGCGCAAGGUGAAUGUGCAACGUAUUUUGGAUGAAUCAGCACAGAACCUUGUGAAAAUGCGCUCGGAGGAGGCUGAACGUCUCUCGAAAUCUCGAAAAUCAAUUGUGCUGGACCCUGGAAAUCCAUCUGUGAAGAGUCAGGCCAAGUCAAUGACUGCUGCAGCUGUAGAAGGUAAUAUGCGGAGGAUGAAAUGGAACCAAAAGAAGGAUUUCAAGAAGAAUCAAGCUGCCGUUAUUCCAACCAAGUCGAUUUCCAAAGUAAAGCUGUCUAACAGUACUCCCAAAGGAAAUUUAUCGACAUCACCCGCGCCUUCUCCCGAGCAACCAUUUCCUGCUCGGUCUGCUGCAAAUAAUGAAGUCAUAAUACCUUUUGAGUUGAAUAAAGAGGAAACUAGUAAAGUUGAGAAAGCAACACCAAAUAGGAUAUCUCAAGGAAUAAAUCGCCGGGCAAGUGCUGUUUCUGCAAGUAUUGAUGAUACCACGACUGAUUUACGAAGCCUCUUGAUAGCUAUACUCUCCGAAAAUCCAAAAGGGAUGAACUUAAAGGCCUUGGAGAAAGCUGUUGCAGACACAAUUCCAAACGCAUCAAAGAAAAUAGAGAUCAUCAUUAAGAAUAUCGCAAAUUUCCAAACACCAGGGAGGUAUUUUCUCAAACCUGAACUAGAGGUGGAAAACUCUAAAAGGCGUGCAUCUGGCAGUGGAAGGACUAUCGAUGAGAACACCAAAGAAGCUGCGCCGAGCUUGCAGAUAGAUGACCCUGAUAUAUUUGAGAAUAUUGAAAUUGGGGGCUCCCCAGUUUCGGCUGCAGGAGAUGAGAAGGUCAAUAAAGACAGUGAUGAUAAAGCAGGUACCUCUAGUGAGAGCGGAAGUGAUAGUGACAGUGACAGUGACAGUAGUGGUAGUGGAAGUGAUAGCGGGAGUCAGAGCAGAAGUGCUGCAAGUGGCAGUGGAAGCAGCAGUGACAGUGACAGUGAUGCUUCAUCAAGCAGCAAGGAAGGGUCUGAUGCAUUUGUGGAUAUCACAAGUGAUGACAACAAAGCAGAUACAACACACAGAAAAGUAGCAGAUGAACUGAAGUUGUCUUCCUCGCCAAGAGAUUUGCCAACAUUGGAUGCCGAUGAUGAACAAAUUGACAUUGGAACAAAUCUGGAUUAUAAGUGUACAUCACACAUUGAUCUCAAUAGUUUUAAUAUUGACAAUGAUGAGGCAUUAUAUACAGCUGCAGAAACUGACAACUUUGGUGCAGCCAACAUAGACAUGGUGUCAGAAAUUCCAGGAAACAAAAACAUCACGAGUACUAGGUUAGAUUCUAGUAUAGCUGAUGGCAAGUACCCUGCAAACGAAAUGUUUUACGGGGACAAUCUCAUUGAUGACUUCUCAGCAGUGAAUCGUGAAAGCUUACCUAAUGAAGAAGCUAUUCAAUUAACAAAGCAGCAUGGUAGUAGAAGAAAAUCAACCUCAAAGGACGGAACAAAGCAUGCCCCAACAAGGAUUGCAGAUAAAGGUCCCAAACCCACAUUGAAAAGGUGUUCAGGUAAUGAGAAUGCUACCACAAAGCCAGAAAGUGCCAAAAAGGCCAAGGUUGACAUUGAGUAUUCAGGAGCUGCAGGUUCUUUCUCAGAGCAAAGACAAAACUUAGUUCCUGACAAACGUAUCAAUGAGAGGUUGACCAAAGAGAUAGGAAAUGUUGGCUCGGAAGCACAUACUGAUCUACAUUUACAAGGUAGUAGUCCUGUGAAAGGAAGACAUUCGGCUUCUGGAAAUCUGCAAAAGCAAAAUCAGAGCCCAAAUGUACCCAUGCCAACAAUACACUCUGAGGGAACACAAGAAACGAUUGAGAAAGCAAGUUCUAAGAAAAAAAUAGAUAAGAUGCAGAAACCUUUGAAUAGUAUGGAUGGUAACUCUGGAAGGGGUUAUGUUGAAGACCACCGCGCCAAUUUUGAUGACUCUGAUGAUUCUGCGGCAAGAAAAAGGGGUAGGCACGGGGGGCCUUUUCUUGAUGGGAAAGUGCACAAACGCUCAAAGGAUACUAAUGCUGAUGCAAAUAACAUGAAUUUAACCAAAGGAGCCAGAGGAAAUGUUAACCACGGCAUGCACACAUCUCUUCCUGAAUGCACUGAAGCUAAUGGCGAGCCACCAAUUUUCCAAAAUAAUGCUGAUAAAUCACCUCAGGGAAAAAAGGUGCUCCAGAGAGAGCAUUCUGAUCUCGAGUUGGGUGAAUUCCGUGAGGGUUCUUUGGAAAAUGACAUCGGGAGGACAAAGAAACAAUUGGAGAGAAAUAGUUCUUCCAAGUCCCUUGAUGGUAAAAUAACUAACGUAGAUAAUUCCUACCCCAAUAUGAACAACAGGAAGGUUGCUCUAUCUGGUUUUCAUGAUCAGAGGAAACCGUCACCACACGAAUUUAGUACUGGAGGUAAUAUAAACCAGGAAGGAUUACCAAGGAAGACACCAGCAUAUGACUUCGAUAUUAAUAGGUCUCAACAAAGAGUAAAUGUUUCACAGGGUCGUCAAUUGCCAAGGAUUGAUAAUCCAGAUCCAGAGAACAUAUUAUACCCAGAUAGGUUGAUAGAGAAAACAGGUAAAACGGAAACAAAAGUGGCACAGGGUGGAAUGCUAGAUCAUGUUGAUCCGAAGAAGAAGAAAACUACUCCCAAGCUUCCUCGGAAUGGUACCAAGAAUGGCAUAGUGUCUAGAACAGGGAAAUCAAUUUCCCCUGCAGAGAAUGAGGAAAGAAGUAGGAAUAACUCUUUGAUUGAGACUGAGACAAGUAGAAAGAGAAGGGACAGCUCUUCCGAUGAGGAUAAUUUAUUUUUCUCAAAGUACAAUAAGGAUGAGCCAGAACUGAAAGGUCCAAUAAAUGAUUUCUCACAAUACAAAGGUUAUUUGCAGGAGUACAAUGAGAAGUAUGAGGUUUACUCUUACUUGAACAGUCAGAUAAAGAAAACACAGUCUGAAUUCUUAAAGGUUCAGGAGGAUCUCAAUGUUGCUAAAGAAAGAGACAAGGAUCAGUACUAUAACAUUGUGGAAAGACUCAAAGACAUGUAUCAUGAAUCGGGCACAAGGCAUAAAUUGAUGAAGAAGGUGUUUGUAUUGCUUCAUCAAGAGUUGCAGAAUAUCAAGCAAAGAAUUAAAGACUUCGCAGAGGCCUAUUCAAAUGAGUUCUCCACCGUGCCCAUCUCCUACUCCCACGGUUGGUUUCGGAUCAGACGGCCACGAGCGCGCCUCAGACUCAUCGAGAAAUUUGGGACCCACUCGACAGGCGACGUUUCACCCGACGCAAGCUCCACGCGUCCGUGGGUCCCACUGCCCGCUCACCCGGAAAAAGGCGAAGCAACGCAGCGAGGCCUCUCUCGAACCCCAGAGCAAACCCCCGCACCGCACCAUCUCUCCAUUCCGACCCCCUGGACUGGAAGGCGCAAGAGCGUCCGGAAGCAUCCGGAAAUCGGCCUCGGCGAUCGGCGAGACGGCGAUUCGGCUGGAGGGGAGCUGCGACGCCUAGCCGCCGCCUCUGCUGGGGUCUCACUCGCCCGGGCGCCCGAGAUGGACGCGGCGGAGAGGGUGCGGUGGCGCUUCUCGGACGGCGGCGUCACCGAUCUGCUCGACGCCCGCAGCCUCCAUUGCUCCCCCGAAAUUAGUAAGAGAAUGCAGUUCCAUUCUUCUUUAGUACAACGGCUUGGUUUGGAAAAGGAGAUGGAGGGUCACGUUGGUUGUGUCAAUGCUAUUUCAUGGAACUCAAAUGGCUCACUUCUGAUAUCAGGAUCAGAUGACACUAGAAUCAACAUCUGGAGUUAUGCUAAUCGUGAGAUGUUGCAUGACAUUGACACCGGACAUUCUGCAAAUGUGUUCUGCACAAAAUUUGUCCCUGAAACAUCUGAUGACGUAGUAGUCUCAGGAGCAGCAGAUGCAGAGGUUCGUGUUUUCAAUUUGUCUCGUUUAAGUGGCAGAAGGUCUAGGGAAAUUUCUAUGGAGCCAGCUGCAGUUUACCAAUGCCACUCAAGGAGGGUCAAGAAACUAGCUGUUGAAGUUGGCAACCCUAAUGUAGUGUGGAGUGCAAGCGAGGAUGGUACUCUCAGGCAGCAUGAUUUUAGGGAGUGCACUUCCUGUCCUCGUGUAGGAUUGGCUAAUCAGGAAUGCCGCAAUGUGCUUCUAGAUCUUCGAUGUGGAGCAAAGAAGUCUUUAGCUGACCCUCCCAAACAACCGCUGGCAUUCAAGUCUUGUGAUAUUAGCUCUGUUCGUCCCCAUCAGCUCCUUGUUGGUGGGAGUGAUGCAUUUGCCCGGCUGUACGAUAGGAGAAUGCUUCCACCAUUGAGCUCAUGUCAAACAAGAAGGAAGCCACCCCCUUGUAUUAAAAUGUUCUGUCCAUUGCACCUUGCUGAUAAUAGGAAGUCAAAUUUGCAUCUUACACAUGUUGCAUUCAGCCCAAAUGGGAAGGAGGUUCUUUUGAGUUACAGUGGUGAACAUGUAUAUUUAUUUGAUGUUGACCCAGACAAUAUGAGUUCAGUGAGAUACACACCAGAUGAUGUACACAAUCAAUUAUGUUUGCCGCCUUUUCACAAGGAACCAGCAAUACAAUGUUCAAAACAAAAUAAGUUGCGACCAAACAAUGCUUCGAGAAAUUUGUCUAGGGUAGAUAUGUUGAAGAAACUCAUGCAAGCCAUGAUAAAAUCUCUGGAGACAGGCACUAACUUAAUGCAUGGGAUUGAAGCAUGCUGUCAAAUACUUGAGGUCAUGGAUUCUGAUAUUGAUGAUAAGAUGAGGCAUGAUUGCUUGUGUACUCGAGCAGGAUUGUACCUAAAGAGGAGGUGGAAAAAUGAUGUUUACAUGGCUAUUCGGGAUUGCAAUGGAGCAAGGAAUAUUGAUUUUACAUCAUUUCAAGCACACUUGUACAUGGCUGAGGCAUUAUUGCAGUUAGGAAGACUGAAGGAGGCAUGUGAAUAUACAGAUGCAGCAAAUAGUCUUGUUCCACCAUAUUCAGUGUCUGCAAAACAAGUAGAAAAUAUAAAGGAGCGACUUGCUGCUGCUGAACAUGAGAAAAGUAGAAAAGAUCAACAAGGAAAUACUAACGUUGAUGCGCGGCAUGGAAGGUUACGGUCAUUGAGUGAUCUACUAUUUAGAUCAGAUGUUAGUGGGUCAUCAUCACAGGAGGGUCGAGAAGAUUCAGAUAAUGACGAUGAGAUGGAGUUAGACUUUGAUACAUCAGUGUCAGGUGACGAAAGCCGUGAUAGUGAUCCAGGUGCCGUUCGAGGUAGUUUAAGUUUAAGAUUUCACCGAAGAGAUGAUCAAACUAAUGAACAAUCGGUUGACAAUGGAUUGGUUGAGUCCAGUCAGUCUGCUAGUAAUGGUGAUUCUGCCCAUGAGCUGGAAGUUGCCAUUGAUAUGAAACAAAGAUAUGUUGCACACUGCAAUGUGGGGACUGAUAUAAAGCAGGCUAGCUUUCUUGGUGAACAAGGGGAUUUUAUUGCCAGCGGAAGUGAUGAUGGUAAAUGGUUCAUAUGGGAGAAAAAAACAGGAAGGCUUAUCAAAAUGCUUGCAGGAGAUGGAGCCGUUGUGAACUGUAUACAGUCUCAUCCAUAUGAUUGUGCUGUCGCAACAAGUGGAAUUGAUAAUACAAUAAAGUUGUGGACACCAGAUGCAGAAGCUACACCUAUGGUGGCAGGACCAGAAAUUGAUGUACUAAGUGCCAUAGAGAACAACCAGAAGAAGUUAUCCCGCAACCGUGAAAUUUUGUUGCCUUUUGAAUUUUUGGAACGAUUUCGGAUGCAUGAAUUUGCCGAAGGAAGUUUACAUCCUUUAGAGUGUGCCCAGACAUGAUUUACUAUUGCUUGGGUUGGUAAGGUAAAGGGGUAAUCAUGAAGAUUUCAUCCAAGAUACAGGCAGCCAAUGGUUAGAUAGAAAUGAAGUUGCGAGGUCAUGUUGCAAUUGGGACACCUGCUUAGAUCAUAUCGCAGGUGUGCUUGGGAUGUGAAUAAACAGUGCUAUUCCCUUGUACAGAUUGUAGAGAAGCGAAGUCCUUGCAAUAAGUGAAGCGUUAUAUGCAUAUGGUGCUGUAAUAGCCAUCCGACGUUCAUUAUUGUUAGUUUGUGCUGCAAAUGAGGUAUUCUAUUCUGAGGUUUCGACGUUUGAUCAUGUCCAUAGGGAUACAACCGUGAGACCUGUGUGGUUAGUAGCUGCCUACAAAUACAAAUAGUGCUUUGCCCUUUGUAAGUCAGAUUUAAUAAAAGACUUUUAAAUAUGAUUUUCACUUUUUGAA